AUGGUUUUCCGUCAUCGCGGCGUGUCUUGUGAGGCAGCCGGAUUCUGUGCCUUGAAUCAGGUUUCUCUGCUCAAGUUGCGCCUUGGUCGCCGCGACGCGGCGACAGUUGCGGCGGUUGAGCUGUUUUUUGAAGAAUACUUCCAUGGAUCACUGUUGGUGGAGCAUCGCGCGGAUCGCAUGAUUUAUUCUCUGCCAAGAGACACGAGGCUCUCAGUGGCGUUUGAUCUGCUUGAGAAUCACUUUCGUUCGCUUGGGUUGACGGACUACCACGUGUCGCAGACGUCGAUCGAGCAGGUGUUCCUACGCAUCAGCGAGGAGGCUGAGCGUGCGCGCGAGGAGGAGGCGCAGCGAGCGACGGAGGCGGAUAAGUGUGUCUGCUGUCCCUGUUGCUGA